AUGAAAAACUUAAAAAGGAAGUGCACCCCAGAAUCUGCAAUAUUGCGUUUUGUGUUCAUAAUUCCUUUUCGCAUUCCCUUACAGUACGAGUUAGACGGUACCGUAAACCUGCAUCUACGUACUUGUACAUAUAGAGACAUUUCUAUCUCAUCUGCGCUUCACGAACUAUUAACUUCUUACCGUUCCUACUCCCGGCAACUACUGAGGAGCACCGUCAUGAAUACGACUUCAUUGCUUCUCGGUCUGCUGCUCUGGGCACUACUGUUUUCAGACGGGCUCGCCCAACGAACUUGUGUCCCUGGGCAAUUCGUCUCCGGAGACGAAUGUCUUCCGUGCCAGAAGCAACGUGUUUCCAUGAUCGCUAACGCUACUGAAUGUACAAGAUGCGAAGAUGGAACCAUCCCAACCCGCGCCCGCUCGCGUUGCGUUCCAUGCCCAAUUGGUCGCUUUUUCACCAAAGGUUCCCUCUCGCCGUGCCGCCGUUGCCCCAUCAACACAUUCUCCAGCGAGCCUAUGUCCUUCUCAUGCCAGUCUUGCCCAGAAGGAAGAGUUUCAGAAAAAGAAAGCAAAAGUGAGGACGCAUGUGUGAUAUGUCCCAUCGGAACCGUCUUAUUUCGUUCCCCCUCGCAAAGAAGAAUUCGCUGCAAUGAGUGCCCCGCGGGAAUGACUACUUCCUCAUUGAACGCCCCUGAAUGCUUGCCCUGCCCAAAGGGCCAGUUCCGAGCACGCCGGGGCAGGCGCCUCCUCGAAUUGAUUCCUACAGCCUCCGGAAUAUCCUCUCGUUCAUCUUUCUUCUGCAGAAUGUGCCCAGCGGGGACGUUUACAGAUUUGGAGGGUGCAGACGAAUGCAAAAGGUGUCCAGUUGGUACUUUCCAAAAUGAAGUGGGUGCCUCGCGCUGCAAGCCAUGCCCUCCGGGCUCCGAGUCGCGGAGUGUGGGUUCACGGGAAUGUCGCCCAACUUGUGCUACCGGAUCACCCGGUUGCAAUGCCUGCGGGCCAGGUUUCCAAUUCAACGUAGUAUCAGAGAGAUGUGAACGAUGCCCAGAUGGCACAGUGAGCAUUGUUCGGUCAACAACCUCAUGCUUUCCAUGCCCUCCAGGUGAAAGUGGCGUAAACGCAGCUCGAACGAGAUGCGUUUGUUCAGACACAGAAAGCCUACGGAAGGACGGAACAUGCGUCCAAUGUGCCACUGACUUCGUCUCCCUGGACGGGCGGCGAUGCACAUGCGGGGUCGAUGGAGCUGGUGAGGGUUGCAGGUGCCCUCCGCGGACCAAGAGGAUUGGCAACCGAUGCGAAGCGUGCGACCCAGCCCAAGAUCAGGAUUGCGAAAGGUGCGAUAUUGGGCAAUUUACACGUUUCGUCGAGGGCAUAAAUGUCUGCGAGCGCUGUGCUCCUGGUACUUUCCAAAACAGGGAAAACUCAGAUGAUUGCCAACCAUGCCCUCUGGAUAGGACGACAGUCGCGUUUGGUGAUAUGUCGAAAUGCCAAUGUGGUCCUGGCCUGGGGCGUGAAGGCGGUCAGUGCCGCCCUUGUCCGCCCGGGACGUUCUCAGGAAAUGCUGAGAAUCGCUGCACCAAGUGCUUCAGAGAAAGUUUCAACGAUAUGCCAGGAGCUGAGACAUGUAUGCGUUGUCGUUCCGCUCGAAGGCGUGGAGCGACCACAUGUCCGAUGUAAAAGAGUCCUUGGAAGU